GUUGUACCUGUACCUGUACCUGUACGUCACUCAAAAGUUAACGCAAACACAAAACAUUUCAUUACACGUUGUCCUUACAACAGGUCGUUGAAAAAGACUGUAAUAUAUAUUUCUCUCUCUCUCAUGUGGUCUCAGAUCAUUGCCCCUAAUUUUACAACCCUGCAAUCUAGGGUUUCAUUCCGAAAAUCCUUCAAAUUUUCACAAAAUUUUUAAAUUUUUUUGGGGGGGUUAGCUCUUGCUCUCUCAGCAAUUGUUCUAAUUUAGGGUUUGGUCAAUUCCGUUGAUAAUUCAAUAUCAAACUCCUGUUUGAUCCAGGUGGUGGGAUUGAGCAUGACGAUUCCUGAUUCGGGUUUCAUGAUGGAAAACGGGUCGAGUUGUUUACCGUGCCCGCCAGAGGAAGAGAAUCGGGUCGUCAAGGAUUUGAUGAAUAAAUCAGAGGCUAAUUUGAAAGAAGGCAAUCUCUACUAUGUUAUUUCCAAUAGGUGGUUUACGAGCUGGCAGAGAUAUGUUGGUCAAGGCACCAGUGAAUAUUCAUCUAAUUCUCAACAUUCAAAUGUGGGUCCUUCAAAGAUGGCAGAUAGACCUGGACCAAUUGAUAAUUCUGAUAUAGUUCUAAACAGAAAUGAUUGUGAGGGCAAUGAUAUAGAGCUUCAUAGAACGUUGCAGGAAGGGGUGGACUAUGUUCUAGUUCCUCAAGAAGUUUGGGAAAAACUUUUUGAUUGGUAUAAAGGAGGACCAGCCUUACCGAGGAAGUUGAUUUUACAGGAGGGUGUCAAACACCAACAAUUUAAUGUGGAGGUUUAUCCAUUGUGUCUUAAUUUGAUUGAUUCAAGGGACAACAACCAAACAGUUGUGAGGUUAAGCAAAAAGGCUUCAAUACAGGAGCUUUAUGAAAGGGUGUGUGCACUUAAAGGAAUAGGGCAAGAAAAGGCUCGUCUGUGGGAUUACUUCAAUAAGCGAAAACACACAUCAUUAAACAGUUCAAACCAAACUCUGGAGGAACUGAACUUGCAGAUGGAUCAAGAAAUCCUUCUGGAGGUGCAAGACGGACAUUAUGCUUCUCGAUUUAGCAUGGAUUCUACAGGAAAUGAGUUGGCUUUGGUCCCCCUAGUAGAACCUUCAAGGUCACCUGUGACGAUUGCAGGGGGGCCGACCAUGUCGAAUGGGCACUCAACCAGUUAUGGUGUUAAUUUGUACAAGGGAAGUGCUGUGAACUCAACAUCCAGUGAUAUAGAUGAUAGAUAUGAUAAUAAUGUGAGAAAAGGAGAGAGGGGAGGAUUGGCAGGAUUGCAGAAUCUGGGAAAUACUUGCUUUAUGAAUAGUGCCCUUCAAUGUUUAGUCCACACACCUCCUCUUGUUGAGUACUUCUUGCAAGAUUACUCUGAGGAGAUCAACACAGAAAAUCCACUAGGAAUGCAUGGUGAGCUUGCACUUGCAUUUGGUGAGUUAUUGAGAAAAUUGUGGUCCUCAGGGCGAACUACAAUUGCUCCGCGUGCAUUUAAGGGGAAACUUGCUCGAUUUGCUCCGCAAUUUAGUGGUUAUAAUCAGCAUGAUUCUCAAGAACUUCUUGCCUUCUUACUAGAUGGGCUACAUGAAGACUUGAAUCGUGUUAAAAGAAAGCCUUACAUUGAAACUAAGGAUUCGGAUGGUCGACCCGAUGAGGAAGUUGCGGAUGAGUGUUGGAAAUAUCACAAGGCCCGGAAUGAUUCCGUAAUUGUGGAUGUUUGCCAAGGUCAAUACAAGUCAACGCUGGUUUGCCCAGUCUGCGGCAAAAUCUCAAUUACUUUUGACCCCUUUAUGUAUCUAUCAUUGCCACUACCUUCAACUGUCAUGCGGACGAUGACAGUAACCAUGAUAUAUGGUGAUGGAAGUGUUCUUCCAAUGCCUUACACUGUGACUGUGCCUAAACAUGGUUGCUGUAAAGAUCUUAGCCAGGCAUUGGGUAUUCAAUGCUGCUUGAGGGGUGAUGAAAGUCUUCUACUUGCGGAGGUUUAUGAACAUCGGAUCCAUCGGUAUUUGGGGAUACCUUUGGAACCAUUGGCUUCAAUAAAGGAUGAUGAGCAUAUUGUGGCCUACCGACUUCCCAAAAAGGGGACAGGACAAAUAAAACUAGAAAUUAUUCAUCGAGUGCAGGAGAAAUGUACACCAGACAAUCUAAAGGGUGGUGGUAGGAAGCUUUUUGGAACACCUCUGGUGACUUAUUUGGGAGAAGAUGCUCUAAAUGGAGCUGAUAUUAGUACAGUUGUUUCUAAAAUGCUAUUGCCUUUGAGAAGAACAAAUUCUUCUUUGAAAAAGCCUCAUAGCAGUAAGGAAAAUGGAUUUGUUUCAGAAGCUAUUGAUGAACCAUCAGACGGCUUCCAUGCUCAAUCUGGACCAGGAGACCAAUCAAUGAACAACUCGGAACUAGAGGAAACAUCCAGCCAGGAGUUAUCCUUCCAGCUCUUUUUAACUGAUGGAAGUUGUUUGAGCUUCAAGCCAAUUGAAAAGGAUUAUCUCACAAAAUCCAAUCCACUUGUUAAGGUUUUUCUUGACUGGAGUGACAAAGAACAUGAAAUAUACGAUUCCAACUACCUCAAGGAUCUCCCUGAGGUUCACAAGUUCAGUGCAAAGAAAACCCGGCAGGAAGCCAUCUCUUUGUUUUCAUGCUUGGAGGCAUUUUUGACAGAAGAACCUCUAGGGCCUGAUGACAUGUGGUAUUGCCCAAGGUGCAAGGAACAUAGGCAAGCGACCAAAAAACUUGAUUUGUGGACAUUGCCAGAUAUUCUUGUUGUUCACUUGAAACGAUUCUCAUACAGCAGAUACCUGAAGAACAAACUUGACACUUUUGUGAAUUUUCCCAUUCGCAAUCUCGAUUUGAGCAAAUAUGUGAAAAGCAAGGAUGGGCAAUCUCAGGUGUAUGAUCUAUAUGCCAUCAGCAACCAUUAUGGUGGUCUUGGUGGUGGGCACUACACUGCAUAUGCCAAGUUGAUCGAUGAGAACAGAUGGUACGAUUUUGACGAUAGUCGUGUUUCUCCGGUUGGUGAAAGUGAUAUCAAGACUUCUGCUGCUUAUUUAUUAUUCUAUCAAAGAGUUAAAGGCGAACCAAGGGCAGGAGCAGGAGAGACAUCAGAAGUUCGCAUGGGUUGAAGGUUAUGAUCGGGUUCAUUCUGUUGUUUCAUGGCUUGUGAGCUUCCACACAAGGUGUAGCUGAUUUUGUUAAGGCAUUUUAAGUCGACAGAAUGAUGAUUUUUGCUUAGCCCAGCAUAAACCUGGGAUGCAACGGCUAUAAGAUACAGAUCGCUGCUGAGUUUGGCAUGGGCAUAACCAAAAUUUGAGGGCGCGGUUUUAGAACCUAGCUGGUGGUUGUAGGGAUAGUUCCAUUUAUUAAUAUUUUUUAUAUAGAAAAUUUGGCGGGCUAUUAUGCAGCCUAUAGUUUCCUCCCUGUUUUGUGCCAUGUGGCUUAUGCAGGGGGGCUGUAGUCAAUUCUUGUCAUCCCCUUUUGUUUUCCUAAAUGUUCUUAUAUUUGAUCUCAGCAACUAUGGUAUUAUUCUAAUGAAAAUCAUUGUCAUUAUUCUCGUUCAGUAA